GAAACAACAGUCGUCUGCGAAACUUGUGCUGUCGUCUGCAAAUACGCUGUAGCUGACACAGUGCAGAGCAUCAACCAAUCAUGAAGGUCCUUCUCCUGUUACUCCUGGUCAUUGGAUUGGCAGCAGCUGAUGCCUGGCCUGGGAUGGGGCGUCAAAGUGCUGGUCUCGGAAAGCGAAAUACUGCCGUCUGUUACGAAGGCCCGGCUAAAGGGCCCUGCAUGGGAUACUUCCCGAGGUAUUACUACGACUCAGCAACGAGCACCUGCAAGAUAUUCAUCUACGGUGGCUGUCAAGGAAACGGGAACAACUUCGAGAGGCUGGACGACUGUAAGAGGGCAUGCGGGGUUCCCAAAACCGAGCGAUUGGGAGGCGACAACUCCGUCGUCUGCUACGAGCGCCUGCAUCUUGACUCCCACAUCGCAUUGGGCGUCAGCGGCGGGGUUGCGUUUUUCUCGAUUUUUCGCGUCAGGAAGGCUGUAAAAGCAGAAUGA